UCUAUAAUUGUUUGCCAACUUCUUCCUCCCCACUCUCCUCCUUGAUUUCUCCCGUUCUCUACUUGCUUGGAAAUGAAGAUACGACCUUUUCAACGCAAGAAGACGCUUGCGCCACAUUCAUCCAAAUCGCCGAACUUCCCUUCGCUUACGGUAAUUGAAGCUCGUUUCAAUGAAGCGGAGGAUGGUCGAGCCCGAGCAUUCGAAGCUUCAAGGCGCGAACGCGAAUUCGAGUUUUUGAAAGCACAAGCCGCGAGGUGUGCGCCCCAAUUGGCUCGAGAGGAACAAUUUGAACAGUUUCUAGAGGACGUUCGGACCACUUUCAGGAAUAGUGAUGAAAGCCGUCAUAGGAUCUUUCAAGAAGCCGAGGCCAAGCAGGUAGAGACUUCACAAGCGAAGGAGCGCGCUCGCGAUGUUAUAUUCGAGACAGCUCAGGCUAGCCGCGAAGCAGACUUUCAGGCUUCUCAAGCACGUCUGGCAAACUUGGCCGAGACUUAUGCUCAAGUUCGUGGUGACAUGUUUCUGCAGGGGCGGCGGGCGAGGGAAGAGGCUUGUGAACGUCUUGUGGAGACUAUCUGUGGCGAAAUUGAAGCGAUACUGGAGGUGUCAGAGCAGGAAUUUAAUGCUGGCCAGUCACGCCGGGCUGACGUUGUACUCAAGCUCUUGCAGCAGAAAUCAAUUGGCGGCGCGCAAUCGAAGACCAGCAUGCUUGGUGCUGAUUUACCGGAGGAUGAGCCAGCCGAACAGGAGAGAAUUCGUGCCCCGCAUUCUCAUGGUCGUUCCACAUUGCGCACAACGCUCGGUACUAGACGCUGUGGCGCUCAGGCAAAACAGAGUUGUUCGUGGAGGCUUACUUCGAUUAUAGACAUUCUUUCGAAGGAUAGAGAUGCAUGCUCGGAUUUUUCGUCUGGGCAAUCUGACCUUUCUUCCUAUCCCCGAAUCACUGUUCGAGUGCCAAGUCCGCUUCAGCAUCUCAGCCUUGUGCACGGAGACAACGAAUGCGAAGGGCUCAUGUCGUUACCUACCCCGUUCUCACAAGCCGAAGGCUGUGGGAAAGAUACUACUCAGGUCAAGGGUGGACCAGGAGUUCCAGGGAGCUACAGCUCUUGCAAGAUUCCGUCUUUGAGGAGAGGGAAAAGGAACGGAUAGUAGCUCAUGAGCAUGAUGUGGAGGACUUUGAAGAAAUCUUCAGCCAGUCGGAGGUUGAUAGAGACAUGGUCUGCCACGGGAUGGACAGUACCUUUCAGUCUCAGGAAGAAGCUCUUGAUGAUCAGUUCCAGACUUUACUGGCACACUUUCGGUCUAUUUUCAUGCAAUCCAAACAGAGUGCAAAACAAGCUGAAAAGAGAAGAGAUACAUGCUUCUCUCAUGUCACAAACAGAUUUGCCUACACUCAUAAUGCACAACAGGACCAUUUUGCCAAGCUG